AGUAGGCAGCUCGCCCUGCGGAGCCCCCGGCCCGUCGCGCUGCGUCCCGCCCACCCGCUCGGCCCCGAGGUCCCCUUUACCCUUGCUUGUGCUGGACUGGCACAGAGCGCCGAGGCUGGCGGGACUCCGUGGGUGUCUGGGCCCCUGAGGGCAGGGAGGCCCCGCUUAGGGCUUGGGAGGCGGGAGUGGGCGGGGUGGCCGCCGGCGGGGGCGGGCCGCGGCGCGAUUGUGACUGCGGGGCCGCGCUCGGGUCACGUGGCCGCCGGGCCGCGCCGGGGGUCGGGAGGUCGGCCGAAGUCGCUGGCCGCCGCGCGGGCGCCCUCCCGUCCGGAACGCCCGCGCCGCCCUGCAGAUGGGGAGGCCGAGGCCGGGAGCGCAGAGCCGGGCGUGGGCAGGGCGGGCGGGGGCGUCGGCGGGGCGACGGGCUGUGGCCGGGCUGUCGCCGCCACCCGAGGCCCCGCGAGGGGCGUGGGCGGGGCGUGGGCGCGGCGCGCGCUGAUGACGCGGCGGGCGGCGCCCUGGAGACGCAGUUGCUAGGCAGCGCGCGCCGCGGCGACAUGGACGCUACCACGGCCCCGCACCUCAUCCCCCCCGAAAUGCCCCAGUACGGGGAGGAGAAGCACGUCUUCGAGCUCAUGCAGACCAUGCUGGAGCAGCUCCUGAUCUACCAGCCGGAGGACCCCAUCUCCUUCCUGAUCAAGCACUUGCAGCGUGACAAUGAUAAUGUGCCGAAGAUUGUGAUAUUAGGUCCGCCCGCCUCGGGGAAAACAACUAUCGCAAUGUGGCUUUGCAAACACCUGAAUAGCAAUCUCCUCACCAGGGACAACUUAACAGAAAGAAAAUCUUCCUCUGUGGCCACUGAAGCCAGAAAACAUUACCAGAAAUUCAAGAGAGUUCCCAGCACGCUGCUCAUCAGGCUGAUCCAGCAGCGGCUGACUGAAGAGGACUGCGUCAAGAGGGGCUGGAUCCUGGAUGGCAUCCCUGAGACGCGGGAGCAGGCGCUGGUGAUCCAGACCCUGGGGAUCGCCCCCAGACAUGUCAUUGUGCUGAAUGCUCCAGACACUGUGCUGAUCGAAAGGAACCUGGGGAAGAGGAUCGACCCUCAGACGCGAGAGAUCUAUCAUACCACCUUUGACUGGCCCCCUGAGCCUGAAGUCCAGGACCGUCUGAUAGAGCCGGAGGGCAUCUCAGAGCAGGAGACAGCUCAGAAGCUGCUGGUCUAUCACAGGAAUAUCAUCAAGCUCCUUCCUUCUUACCCCAGAGUCCUGAAGACCAUCAAUGCUGACCAGCCAUGCGUGGACGUCUUCUACCAGGCUCUGACCUUCGUCCAAAGCGGCCAUCGAUCCAAUGCCCCAUUCACCCCGAGGGUGCUGCUGUUGGGGCCCAUGGGCAGUGGGAAGAGCCUGCAGGCCGGCCUCCUGGCCCAGAAAUAUGGCCUUGUCAACGUGUGCUGCGGGCAGCUGCUGAAAGAGACGGUGGCAGACAAGUCAAAAGUUGGCGAACUCAUCUGGUCCUUCUUGGAAAAGAAGGUGACAGUCCCUGACAGCGUCAUCCUGAAGAUGCUGACCGAACGCCUGGACCAGCAGGACUGCGUGCAGAGAGGGUGGGUGCUGCACGGCUUCCCGCGGGACGUGGACCAAGCACAAAGGCUGGACGGCCUGGGCUACGUUCCCAACCGGGUGUUUUUCCUGAAUGUGCCAUUGGAUUCUAUCAUGGAGCGGCUGACCCUGAGAAGAAUUGACCCAGUCACCGGAGAAAGGUACCACCUCAUGUACAAGCCGCCCCCGACCAUGGAGAUCCAGGCUCGUCUCUCGCAGCACCCGAGGGACGCUGAGGAGCGAGUCAAGCUCAAGGUGGACCUGUACUACAGGAACUCCACGGAGCUGGAGCACUUCUACAGGUGGGCCAUCGCCAUCAACGGGGACCAGGACCCCUACACGGUCUUCGAGUACAUCGAGAGUGGGAUCAUCAACCCCCUGCCCAGAAAAGUGCUCUGAUGGGCUCGGAGCAAGGAGCAAGCCCCGCACAGCCCCCCGUCUCUGGAAACCUCCACCAACCCAAUAAAGAGCGCUGGUUACGGGCUCGUGUGACCUGGAGGUACGGUGGCUGCAAGGUGGCUGGAAGGUGGCCUUGUUUGGGGGCCUGGGAACCAGGGUGGGGAGCCCUGGGCCAGGUCUUGGCGUGGCCCCUCCCUCAGGGUCUGGCUUUCCUCAGGUCACUGGAGCUGCCUCAUGGGGUGGCUGUGGGACUCAGGCAGUGACCGGAGCUCUUAGCAGGCCCUGGCAGGUAGAAGCAGCCUGGGAUGCGUGGCGACCCGGAACUCGGCGUGACUGGCAUCUCCCCACCUGUGCUGUCCAGGCAGCAGCCUCUGGCCACAGGGGACUGAGCGGUACUUGAAGUGCGGCUGGGGCCAUUGAGGAGGUGGUUUUCAAGUAUCCCCAGGGGCCGGGGCAGCCGUCUUGGGCAGCGAAGUGCUGGAUAGACAGCUGUUCUUCAGUCGGAUUCCACCGAGUGGGAAGCAUUAGUCCCUCUGGGGUCUGCAAAGCCUGCUGGGUCCAGGAGGGCUGCGGGGGAGGGCGGCGCCUAGGCAGGCGCAGUGACCCGUCCCUCCAGGCCUGUCUCGGUGCUCCGCAUGCUCGCACCAGUCUCUUCAGGCAGGGGUUUGCCCCACGCACGCUGGUGUAAAGGACUGCAGAGUGAGCGACUGCUGAGGUCACCUGGACCCGAGGCUAGAGUGCGUCCUAGCCCCCAGGGCUCUGGGAAGCUCGAGGACUGGGCCUGAUGGCCAGUGCCUCCCCUGGCCCGGGGGUCCAGAGCUCUCACUGCACAGCUGCCUGUGCUGAGCCAUGCUCCUGGGCCUGCCCUGCUCCUGCUGGGGCCAGCCUAUGCCAUGUGCCACCUCCCUGCCCCACUCUGACGCUGGGGUCACCGCAAACUCCAUCGGGAUCUCCCCUUCCCAGGCCCCAGUUCUGCCCGCUCCUCAUGCGCCCCGAGGGGGUCUGUAAUGGACGCUGCUGCAGGUGACACACCUGCCCCGGCCUGCCCCCGGUCGCUUCCCCUGCCUUCGCUCUCCCGGCUGCACGUCCUUCAGGUGCAGAGUGUGGUCCCGCUCAGCCAGCACUGCCAGUGACAUGCCACUAUGGCUGUGGACCCUCCGCCAAGGACGUCACAGACGGCUUAUCCGGGGGACACACUGAUGCUUACUAGUCCGGGCAGGAGGCCUCUGGAUGCCUGGCCUUCAGGGUCACCCACCCCGCUACUCCUCCUGGCCCUUGCCGCCAUGCCGGCUCAGCUGUGCCACUGUGCGAGCCUGCUGAGCUGGGCGGUGUGGGGCCAUGGUGCCCCCAGCCUGGCUCCAUGUGCUGCUCUGUGGCCGAGGGCAAGUCACUUCGCCUCUUUGGGGCCUUCUAACUUAAGAAUAAAUGUGACGCCUCCUGGGACCGUUGUGAACUACAAUGCCACUGCAUACAGUGGCUGUCAGCAGGCCGGCGGCACAGUGCAUGCUCAGCCACCAUUGCCAGUCUCAUCGAAUCCUCCCAACCCCCAUCCACAGGUGAGGAAGUCGGGGCUCAGAGAAGUUAAAUGCCCCUGGCUGCACAUGAGGGGACAGGAGAGGGGACAGUACCCAAGGCCCUGCCAACAGUCCCUGAAGUGCACAGGACACCUGCUGUGCCAUGGCCCUGUCUGGGUUGUGCUGGCCUCCUGCUUUGGAGACCUCUGGCUUCCCUGGGCGAGCUCCCCACUCACUUCAACAGCUGCCCAUGGCUCCUUGCAUUUUCGAUCGCCGACUUCAUCUUCGAGUUCCUCCCUGGUGCCAUCGCAGAUGCAGGGACUGCAGGCUUCGCUGGGUGCUGGCCUUUCGAGCUCAGGCCCCCGAGAUCGCUCCCCUGGACAUGAGGGCCGCGGCGGCCUUCCCCAGCAGCACGCUGCCAGCUUCCCGGCUUCGCAGGCCAGGUCGCGCCUGCUGGGCCGGCUGCUCUAAUCGGAGCUGCGGCCCACGGGGGCGGCCUGACUGCCGUGAGGCGCAUCCAGCCCGGCCCCUCGGGGUGCUCCGGGCGUCCUGGUCCAGGGAGGCCCCUCCUGAGGCUGCAGGCGAACAGCUUGUUAAUUUGCUGAAGAGCCGGCUGUGCUGAAGGUAACCACCGAGGCCUGAUUAACGUCAACUUGCAAGAGAACAAAUCGCUUCUGACGUGUCGUCCUUCCGUAGCUCCAGCUCAUUUCCGACCUCUCUUAUCACAAGUUGUCACUGCAAAUGCUCCCCUCGCUCGGCUGCCAGCACACCCCUGGCCGUGUCUGUCCGUGCGUCCCCCUCCCCGGCAAUGGAAACGCACAUGGUGUGAGGGAGGCGCGUGGGGCGUCUGGCUGUCCGCCCCCCACAGCCUCUAGCCCAAGCUGUGGAGGACGAAGCCAGGAUCACCCCCGCCCUGAGCUGCACCCGGCUUCUCUCUCCCAGAAGAGAAUGAGAGCCAUGGUCACUGUCCUCUUGUGGCUCGUGGGAGAGGACAUUGGGUCUGUGGCCAGUGUACAGCCCGGCAGAGCAACGACAGUAAAUCUGGGGAAAAAAAAAGGAGGCAGGCUCACACCUCCACCCGCACCCAGGAGCGUUCACUGAGGCCCUCUCACGGGCCCAGCACUGGGGACGUGGCAGAGGAAAAAGGGGCGCUUCUGCCCGUAUGGCAUUGAUAUAAAGAUGCCAGAAAUGAGAGGCAGGACAGGACCUUCUGAGCCUGGAUGGCCCCUGAGACACUUCCCUGCCCACAGCUCGGGCCGGGCAGCUCCCAACAGAGGAGCUCUCUGGAGCAGUGGGAGGAUUCGAGGGGGCCGCGCGUCCCGGGAGAGCCCUUGGGAGGGCAAAGGUGGCUGGGAGUGAGUUUUAG